AUGAAAGAAUUAAAGGAAAGAAGAAACAGCAGUAACAGCAGCAGAGAAAGAAAGGGUUGCUUUAAUGGCUAUGGCGGCGUUGGCAGACCUGAAAAUUUUGGCUUCUUUAAUGCUCACGAGUACUUGUCAUCCCUCAAUCUUAAAGCUGCUGCAGAAGCUAUGGCCGGCUUCUUCUCUUUAGGAUCUGCAACUUACCAUAGCCAACAAGACCCUAUCUCUACUUCAAAUCUCCCUUCAAAUCCAACUCCUAAUUCUAAUCCCACUGAAUCCAGCAGCUGGUUCUUAUACGGUUCCACCAGAAGCACCCAUGACCGCCCUUCCACCACCACCACCACCACCACCGCUACCAAAGAUUUCGAACUAUGGCAGCAACCCACCCAAGCUGAUGUUUCUCAUAAUUUGUUAGCUGGAGCUGCUGCUUCUAUGGGUGGCGGUGGUGGUGGUGAUGGUAGGCUCAUAAAUUUCUCAGACGAAUCCACCUGGGGAUCUGCGGCUUUUGUUAUGAUGGGGCAUGGUGUCAUCGGCGGCGGAAGUAGUGCAGGUGGUGGUGGUGUGAGCUGCCAGGAUUGUGGAAACCAAGCCAAGAAAGAUUGUCCUCAUAUGAGAUGUAGAACUUGUUGCAAGAGCAGAGGGUUCCAUUGCCAAACACACGUGAAAAGCACAUGGGUUCCGGCCGCCAAACGCCGGGAAAGGCAACAAUAUAGCUCCGCCACACAAGAUCAGAGCCGCCGUCGUGUUCAUCAAAACACCAAAAGAACAAGAUCAACCCAAGAUCAUGAUAACCCUAAUAUGCUUAAUCCGAUUACUGGUGCUAUUGCUUACAAUUCCUCAUCAGGGUUAGAGGUAGGUAAUUUUCCCUCCGAAGUGACAACACAAGCGAAUUUCAGAUGUGUAAGAGUGAGUUCAAUUGAUGAAACCGAUGAUCAAUUUGCAUAUCAAGCUGCAGUGAACAUAGGAGGACAUUUGUUUAAAGGAAUUCUUUAUGAUCAAGGCCCUGAAGGGCAGCAGUACAUGGGCGGAGACACCUCUUCCGGUGGCAGUGCCGGCGGAAUCCCGCAACUAAAUCUCACAACCACCACCACCUCCCCUGGUAAUUCAACGGCGGCAGCAAAUUAUAUCGGGCACUCGCUAUACCCAUCUCUUGGUGGCAACGAUUACAUGAGCAGCUUUAGGUCAUGGAAAGCGACUAUCACUGAUCAACAUGCACUUUGUCUCCAUCGCUAG